AUGCAGACCACCAUCAUCAAUCACGCCGCUCGUCUUCUCGAGCUCCCCGUCGAGAGCAUCGAUUUAUCCUCCAGCUUCGUCAAUCUCGGUGGCCACUCGCUGGUCGCCCUCGGACUGGCUUCCGCCUGUAGCAAGGAUGGCAUCCAGUUGACCCUUGAGUCUAUUCUCCUGAGCCCUUCUAUGUCCGAUCUCAUCGCCUCUGCCGUUGUUGCACCUCCGUUGCAGACUCAGACUCAGACGGAGACUCAGACUGAGACUCUGACUCAACCUCCAUCUCAACCUCGGAUGGUUGAAAAGAGAAUCGAGCAAGUCACAGCGUGUGCCGACGCGACCCUGACCGAAAUGCAGCUCUCCUUCCUCCACAGCCACCAGACAUCGCCCGGAUCCAACAUGAUCAACUUCUUCGAGACCUACCAGACUACUCAUCUCCCCAUCGUCAAGGCCGCCUGGCAGAACGUCAUCCAGACGGAGGACAUUUUCCGCAUGUUCUUUGACGCGGACGACUGCCACGAACAGCCCACCGCUCCGUUCAAGUGGACCGAAACGAUUGUCUCCUCUCGGGAAGAGUAUGAGGUCGCUCUGCGCAAGGAUGUCGAUCCGGGGGGAAUCGAAUGCUCCUUUGACAUUGUUACUCUCCCGGCGGCCGGCAUCAGCACUAUCGUCUGGCGCGUCCACCACGCCUUUGUAGACGGCAUGUCUGGUCAGCUCGUCCACGGCAAGGUCCGCGAUGUCAUUGCAGGCCGCACCAUCACCCCCGGCACUCCGUUCCGCAGCGUCGCCAAUGACCUCCGCCGUCUGCAGCAGGAAGACCAGCAGAAGCACCAGCAGUUCUGGGCUCAGCAGAAGAAGCAGCAUCCGCAGCCCGUCGGAGAGCUCGUCCUCCCCCCUGUCCGGGAGGAGAUACCCGCUGGAAUCGACAGCAUCGCAUUCUCCAUUCCGCUCGCCGAGAUUUCCGCCCACGCCCGUCAGACCGGAGUCUCCUUGGCCGCCUGGUAUCACGCCGCCUGGGCCAUGGUCCUCUCCCUCUACGCCGACUCGGACUCGGUCGUCUUUGGCACCGUCCUGUCUGGCCGCAACCUUCCCAUCGCGGGCGUGCAGGACACCAUUGGCCCUCUACUCAAUGUGCUUCCCUUCCACGUUGCCCUGGAUCGCCAGAUGUCGACCCGCGACUUCCUGCGCACCAUUUUUGCCCACUCUGUGCAGCUGGCUACGGUCCAGAGUUCUCUGCCCGACGACGGCUACAGCAGACACUUCACCUCGGCAAUUGCCAUGGAGUUUGAGAUGGAGGCGACCGACGACUGCCCGGUCCGCCCAGUGGAGAAGUCCUGGUUCCGCGUAGUCCCCGACACUCCACUGUCGGUCUACACCACCUACGACGGCACUCUCCGUCUCUGCUUCCGGCCGCAGCAGUACAACCGUCAAGACAUCCAACUACUGGCUGACCACUUCCAAAAUGCCAUCCUCUCCCUGCUGUCAGAUCAGUCCAUGGGCCAGUCCAUGGCAGGGCUGAUGACCGACGGCUGUAGGGACACGCUGAUGCAGUUCGGCAACUGCAACAACGACUUGACCUCGCUUAGCUCCAUCCACGACGAUCUCGUCACGCUGUUUGAGCGUGCGGUUCGCGAAACCCCCGAGGGCAUUGCGGUCGAAAAGGCCGGCGUCCAGCUGACCUACGCUGAGAUGGACCGAAAGGCCACCGUCCUGGCUGAGCGGAUGGAUAUCCAGCCGGGCGAAGUCGUCUGUGUGCUGGCAGACCGGUCGGUCAACUGGAUCAUCGCCAUCUACGGGAUCCUCAAGGCCGGUGGCGUGUACUCUGCGCAAGAACCCGGCCUGCCUGACCACAUCCGCAGCGUCAACUUCCAGACCGCUGGUGGAACGCUCUAUCUCGUGCCGGAAAAAUCCCAGAGGCACUUCAAGCCCGACACCUGCAACCGCUGCCUGUCUGUCGAGGAGCUGACUCAAGAAAUUCCCGCCGAUCUUGUUCCCAGUCAUCGCCCCGGCCCCCGUCCCGAAGACAACGCCUACUUGUGCUUCACUUCCGGCUCGACUGGCAAGCCUAAGGGCGUCAUGUGCCACCAUGCCGGACUGGUUGCCUUCCAGUCGGACCUCGAAGUCAGACUGUUUGCUGCUCCCGGCCAGCGCAUCUCGCAGCUCAUGUCCCCGGCCUUCGACGGUAGCAUCCACGAGAUCUUCUCCGCCCUGUGCUACGGAGCCACGCUCGUCCUGGCCGAGGGGGUCAACCCCUUUGCCCAUUUGAAGAAGAGCAAUGCUGCGAUCCUGACCCCCUCUGUCGCCAAGAUCCUCACCCCUAAGGAUUUCCCCGAUCUCCGAACCGUCUAUCUAGUCGGCGAGCAGGUGCCCCAGUAUGUCAACGAUGUCUGGUCUUCUGCCACCACGCUAUACAACAUGUACGGCCCCACAGAGGCCACUUGCGGUGCCACCAUCACGCGUCUGCUCCCCGGCCAAACCGUCACUAUUGGCGGUCCCAACCCCACCACUCGCAUCUACAUUCUCGGCCAGAGCCAGCAGCUCCUGCCUCCCGGGGUCGUGGGAGAGAUCUACUGUGCCGGGGUGCAGGUGGCCAAUGGAUACAUUCAACGCCCCGAACUGACCGCCGAGCGCUUCCUGCCCGACACCAUCACCAAUCGUCCCGGAGAGAAGAUGUACCGCACUGGAGACCGUGGCUUCUUCACAAGAUCCGGUCAGGUUGAAUGUCUGGGCCGCAACGACCGCCAGAUCAAGCUGCGCGGCUAUCGCACCGACCUCAACGACCUUGAGACCCGUGUGGCGCAAGCCAUCCACGAGUCUACGGCCGUCGCCAUCUGCCCUAAGGACGACUACCUGGUCGCCAUGAUUCAGCCUGAGACUCUCGAUGUGGCCGAUGUCCGCAGCCGCAUGUCCCAGGUGCUCCCUGUGCACGCCAUGCCUCGUCGCAUCAUGGUCGUCGACAAGUUCCCCAUGACCCCUGCCGGCAAGCUCGACUACAAGGAGAUUGCCAACCAGUGCACCGCAGCCCCCCCGCAGCCGGCAGCUUCCAAGAAGUCGCAGUUGUCGAGCAAGACCGAGAUAGCCCUGGCCGAUCUGUGGAAGGAACUGCUCUCCCUGGGCUCUGACUCGGACAUUGUUACUCCCGAGUCCAGUUUUGUUUCCCUGGGCGGGCACUCAGUCGUCCAGCUGCGCCUGGCCAGCAAGAUCUCCAAGGCUUAUGGCGUGAAGAUGCCCGUCACCCGCAUCGUCGAGUCGGCCAAUCUCUCCGAGCUGGCCAAGACGCUCGACGGCCUUAUCACGAACGUGCCCACGACCCAGACACAAGCCCUCAAGCCCCUGGGCCGCAACAAUAUGUCUCCCAUCGAGUGUGAAUGGCUGGACAAGUAUCACCUCGAGCUGGGUACAUCAGCCUUCAAUGUGACGUUCGCCUGCAAGAUCGACAGCUCCAAAGUCGACGUCGACCAGCUGAUCGCCUGCUGGAACGCCGUCCUCGCCCGCCACGACAUCUUCCGCAGCCGCUCACACCUCGAUUACCGCGGAAAGGGACCCCGCCGCGUAUACGCUCGCUAUUCCCCGCAGGUGAUGCGGGUGCAGGCCUUCAACCUCUGGCGCGAGGCCAACCGCCCCUUCCAUCUCGACCGCCAACACCCGAUCCGGGUCAUCGUGUCCAAGACAAUGAUGCUCGCCUCGAUGAGCCAUCUGAUCGCCGAUCUGACCUCCCUGCAGGUCAUCCUGGCCGAAGUCAUCCGUCUGUAUCGCGGCCAGGGCCUGGGGCCCAUCAGGCGCCGCUACCACGAGACCACCCAAUGGAGCACCCCGGCGACAACCGCCGAGACCGCCUGGUGGACGCAGUAUCUCGACGGCGCCGUCACACACCGCGACUACAGCAUUCCCAACCUCACCCACCGGUCCAGCUACGGCGGCCAGACCCACAUGGCCAAGCUAAGCAAGACCCUAGCCACGCGCGCCAUCCAGUUCUCCGAAGCCACCAGCACCACGCUGCACCAGCUAGCCCUAGCCGCAGUCGCCCUAGCGCUCCAGUGCACCCGCAACGACAGCGACAUCGUCCUCGGCGGACCCUACUUCAACCGCGGCCAAGACGACCUCGAGACCGUCGGACUCUUCCUCGAGCCGAUCCCCAUCCGCAUCCAGUUUCCAGGCACCCGGGACACCAGCGCCGCCUCGACUCAAUCCUUCGUCCGCGCGGUACAGCGGGCGAGCCAGUCGGCCAUCGCCCAUGCCAUCCCCUGGAACCAGCUGCUGGAGGCCGUCGGCGUUCGCCCAACCUUCCCCGACCACCCGCUUCUAGACGUGAUGGUAACCUUCCACGACGACCGCACAUCGCCCAAGAUGCCCGUGGACGGGCUGGACCCGGUAAUCACGUACAACAAGGGCUCCAAGUUUGCGCUUCUGGUUGAAUUCUGCGCCGUUUCCAACGGGACGAUUCUGAUGCGGCUCGAGCACGACACCGAGUGCGUCCCCGCGGAGAGGAUUCAGGUUGUGGAGAGGAUGAUCCUCGAGGCGCUGCGCAUGGUGGUUGAGGGCGUGGGAUAUACGUCUAUCAAGGAGAAGUUGAGGACGAUGACUGCCAUGCCUGGUCGGAACUCCAAGGCCAUGCCUGGAUAUUUUGGAAAGGGGCUUGCGGAGAUACGGAGCGAAUAG